AUGCGCAACAACUCGAUUCCAUUCCAGGAUGUCGCGUCGGAUAUCAAGCUGCUUAAAACCUUAGUUAUGCCCAAUGCACCCUACCCUCUAAUCCCGAAUCUCAUGGUUGUUGACAAGGACACCAAAAAGUUGCGCAUCAUUCAAGAUAGCAAAAUCAUCAUGCAGUAUGUCCAGCAGACCCAUGGGUUGGGGAUGGUCAAGGGAAUGAAACGGGUUUUUGCGGAUAUGCUCCUCGAGAUGGUCUUGGAUGAUUUCCUCUUCGUACAUGUGGUUAAUUGGAGAUGGGGCCACCCCUCACAGGACAAAUACCUUGAGUAUACAUUCGGCGACGGAAGCCUACAAUACGAGGCAUCGAAGAAGCUUGGAAAGAAAAUACUAGCUGUGAUUAAAGGUCCAAUCACGAGAUUGGGAUUAACAGAGAAGACUACCACAGCCUUCCGUGACCAACUAACAGCAUUCUUUGACCUCCUGACUGUCCAUUUGGAAACUUACCAGUUCUUACUUGGCAAUGAGCUUACUGCCGCCGACUAUUCUUUAUACGGCCACCUUGUAGCAGGCUUACUCAGGGACCCCGCGCCGUAUGAAUGGCUGGCGAGUAAUUACCCCGUUGUUCAGGCGUAUGCACAACGCGUUGGAGGGACAUCCAUUAGAUGGGGUAGUAAGGACUUGGUUACUGUGCGGGUGGAGGGGGAUAAAUUGAUAUCGUGUGAAAAGACGAUAGGGAAGAAUCAUGGGGGGAGAGAUGUGGAGAAGCAUGACGAGGUUCCCGAAACGACAACGAAAUUUUCGGCAUUGUUGCUGAGAGAUUACCUCACCAUUCUGGUGCCGACCGUCAAAGCAACACUCGAGUUUUUAGUAAAAGAUGGUAAAGACGAAGUUUUAAUUCCGAGAGCCCUGAAGCCAGAAUAUUCGGUUGAGUUUACCAUCCAUGGCAAGGAUGAGGCACCUUUUAGCGAGAGGAGAAUGGUAUCUACGCAUUGUGUAUGGAUGCUCCAGAGAAUUUUAGAUUCAGCAUAUAGAAGGGAACAAAGAGCUGAGGUGGAUAAGUGGCUGAGUGAAGUUGGGUGCUUGAGGGAGUGGAAAGAGACUGUGGCAAUAUGGGAAGAGAGUGGCUGGAGGGUGGACAUGACCAAAAAGGGUGCUCUGGCUAAGAGAACGAUUGAUUCGCCCAAGCUCUAG